AAAAACACAACCAAAGAAACAUUAUGAGGUCGUUUGUCUCCUUGAUUUCUCUUCUCCUUCUUCUCUCAUUUUCUUCAUCUGUUUUCUCAGCCAUAGAGUCAUUUCAAAAGCUUCCGGUGCCAGGAAACAGAACAGGCCCUGAAGCUUUCGCUUUUGAUUCCACCGGAAAAGGAUUCUACACCGGAGUCUCCGGCGGUAAAAUCCUCAAAUAUCUUCCAAGGAAAGGUUAUGUCGAUUUUGCCCAGAUCACAAACUCUUCGAAGUCUUCUUUGUGCGACGGAGCACUUGGAACCACUAACGUUGGAAAAUGUGGCCGACCGGCAGGAAUAGCUUUCAACAGGAAAACAGGUGAUCUUUACGUCGCUGAUGCUCCUUUGGGUCUCCAUGUCGUUUCUCGAGGCGGCGGUUUGGCUAAGAAGAUCGCCGACAGUGUUGACGGCAAGCCCUUCUUGUUUCUUGACGGUCUCGACGUUGAUCCCAUUACCGGAGUCGUCUAUUUCACUUCCUUCAGCUCAACAUUUGGCCCUAGCGAUGUGUUGAAAGCAGUGGCAACAAAAGACUCCACUGGGAAGCUUUUCAGAUACGACCCAUCAAAAAAGGUUGUGACUGUACUGAUGGAAGGUCUAAGUGGCUCAGCCGGAUGUGCCGUUAGCUCAGAUGGUUCGUUCGUGCUGGUUAGUCAGUUCACAAAAAGUAACAUCAAGAGGUAUUGGAUCAAAGGAGCGAAGGCUGGAUCUUCUGAAGACUUCACCAACUCGGUCUCGAACCCUGACAACAUCAAGAGGAUCGGUUCUUCUGGAAACUUUUGGGUUGCUUCGGUCGUGAACUCAGCCACCGGACCGACAAACCCUUCGGCGGUUAAAGUCAGUUCUGCUGGUAAAGUGAUUCAGACCAUUCCCCUAAAAGAUAAGUUUGGGGAUACUAUUGUUAGCGAGGUUAAUGAAUUCAGAGGACGGCUUUAUAUCGGAGCUCUUUUUGGUCCUUUUGCCGGAAUUCUUAAGCUUUAAAGUGAACAAGACAUUAGUAUGGGUUUUAGAAAUAAUGUGAUUGUAUCCAAAUAAAGUCUUGACGGAUCGAUGUACGUUCAUAUUGAUUCUGUUCAAAUAAAUAUGAUUUUUUUUU